UGCCAGUAGCUCCGCUCCAUAGACGCAGGCGGCGCUGAAACCCUCUCAGCCACCCCUGCUGUCAGCGCUUAGCCGACGGGGGCAGCUCGCAGCUUGAGCCGAGAGAGAGAGGGAGAGUGAGAAAUAUGGUUGGCAAUAUGUGCGGUCGCAAGCUGGCUCGCCGCUCCAAAUCAGCGCUGAUUGUCGCGCUGACAGUUCUCCUGGUUCAGACGCUGAUCGUAUGGAACUUUAGUACCCUGGAUAUCGGGGAAGAAGGGGCCAAUAGUAGGCGGGAGAAGAGGGACCAAGUCGGGGGCAUCAACAAAGCCUACAGCCAGUACCCCCGGAGCGGGCUGCCAAAGAGGCAUCACCAACCUCCGCUUGGGAAAACGGCUGUCCGACACAAGCAACAACCGGAGGGCUACCACUCCUGGCGGCCCAAGGAGAAAGUCCUCCUGGAUAGUAACAACAAUGAGAACUCGGUCCCCAAAGACUUUGACACUUUUGUUGACACCAACAGCAACCUCGGGGCGCAGUCACUGUCUCAGCGCCAGCGAAUGGCAGGAAACGCCGCCAAACACAAACCGGACAAGGCCCUAAGGCAAGGCAUUCUGGGAAAGGCCUUGCCCAAUGAGGUCAACGAGGUUAUUCAGCAGUACACUCUUUCUCCACAGCAGCCCAGAGGAGUGGGACUUAAAGAUAGCCACGCAUACAAACGACCCAAACCUCCCUCCCAGCUGUCCACUAAACCCGCUAGACCUUCCCCCUCUCCCUCCAUCAAAACAUCCAAUCAGCAUCAGCGACAUCACCAACCCAGGAAGUUGGUGACUGCGGCUCCUGUGCGGGGGCAGCGGAGGGAGAAGGACCAGUGUGAGAUCAGUGGGAAGGAGGCCAUCUCGGCUCUGUCAAGAGCCAAGACCAGGGAGUGUCGUCAGCAGAUAGCUGAGGUGUACUGCAGACACAAGGAGAGGACACUGAUGCCGGAGACCGUCCCUCGAUACUGCACCAUAGAAGGUAAGGCCAAUGUGAAUGUACAGUGGGAUGAGGGCUCAGAGCAGACUGCCCCUGCUGUGCCUGUUCGCAUCGCCUUCGUCUUGGUGGUCCAUGGCAGAGCGUCUCGGCAGUUCCAACGCCUGUUCAAGGCCAUCUACCAUACCUCACACUACUAUUAUAUACAUGUAGACCAGCGUUCCAACUACCUCCACAGACAGGUGGGGGCUCUAGCGAGCCAGUACUCCAACGUCCGUGUUACUUCCUGGAGGAUGUCCACCAUUUGGGGCGGGGCGAGCUUGCUCACCAUGUACCUGCGUAGCAUGGACGACCUUCUCAAGAUGGCCGACUGGAAUUGGGACUUCUUCAUCAAUCUCAGCGCAGCCGACUACCCUAUCAGGACCAAUGAACAGCUGGUGGGCUUCUUGACAAAGUACCGGGACAUGAACUUCAUCAAAUCCCACGGCAGAGACAACACACGGUUCAUCCGUAAGCAGGGUCUGGACCGGCUCUUCUUCGAGUGUGACACACACAUGUGGCGCCUAGGCGACCGCAAGAUCCCAGAAGGCAUUGCGGUGGACGGAGGUUCCGAUUGGUUCCUUCUGAACCGCAUGUUUGUGGAUUACAUCAUCAACUCUGAAGAUGAGCUGGUCGUCAGCAUGAAGCGCUUCUACGCAUACACACUGCUGCCUGCCGAGUCGUUCUUCCACACAGUACUAGAGAACAGUGCUCACUGUGAGAGUAUGGUGGACAACAACCUGCGUAUCACCAACUGGAACAGGAAGCUGGGCUGUAAGUGUCAGUAUAAACAUAUCGUAGACUGGUGUGGCUGCUCCCCCAACGACUUCAAACCUCCUGACCUGCCACGCUUUCAGCAAACGUCCAGGCCUACGUUUUUCGCCCGUAAAUUUGAGGCUAGCGUGAACCAGGAGAUUGUUACCCAGCUGGACAGCUUCCUGUUUGGCCCUUAUCCACAGGAGACCCCAGGGCUCCAGUCGUACUGGGAGAAUGUGUACGAUGAGACGGACAGCGUAGCCAGCCUAUCAGACAGCCAGCUCACUCACUACCACGCCUUCGCACGCAUGGGCCUAUCACGGGCUGCCACGUCACUGCAGGGCCACCCUGACAACAACAGCUGCAGGUAUAUCUCCAGGGGCCACCCGGUGUCUGUCCAUUUGUACUUCCUGUCAGACGUGUUCCAAGGCUACCUGGUUCGUCAAAAUGCUAGUAACCUAGCAACCAGCCAGCUAGAGACCCUAGAGACUUGGGUCUCCCAUAGCAACCACUUCACCCUGGCCCCGACAACCAACACCCUCAACAGACUACAAUUUGCAGAGGUGGGUACAGACUGGGACGCCAAAGAGAGAGUCUUCAGGAACUUCGGAAGCCUCCUGGGCCCCACGGAGGAGCCGGUUGCCAUGCAACGCUGGGGCCGGGGACAGAACGUCACGGUAACCGUCGUCUGGGUGGACCCCACCAACGUCAUCGCCGCCACGUACGACAUCCUGGUGGACGGCGGGACAGAGUACACACACUACCGGCCCCCGUUAACCGUGCCUUUACGACCCGGCGUGUGGACGCUGCGUGUGUUGCAUCACUGGAACCUGCUGGCCUCCACCAGCUUUGUGGUUUCACCUCUGGAGUACCACGACCAGCAGCCUAUACGCCAGGAAGACACAGUGAAGCUCCACAGCGGCCCGGUCCGUAACUCCUACAUGGAGCAGAGUUUCCACGGCCUCAACCCCAUCCUCAACCUCCCUGUGCACCUGGGACAGGUGGAGGAGGCGGAGUUUAAAGCAUCACUGACAGGGGCGGAGCUCCAGAGCUGGGUGGACCAUCUCCUGUCAGGGGUGUGGUCUGCAGCGGACGUGUGUUCUCAGGGUCCUAGCUCCUGUCCCGUUAUGCAGCGGUGUCGGGAGACGGGAUGGAGCGCGCUCAGUCCCGACCCAAAGUCUGAUCUGGGCCCCCCCAGAGGAAACGGACGGAUUAGGUAGCACCGUCGCCACGGCUACUGCUACAGCCAAUCAAUGGCUUGGAGGAUGAACUGACGGGAAAGGUUUUUGUGUGCUGUGCACCACGGCUAUCGUGAGAUGGUCUGCUGCGUCCUAAAUUGCUCCUCCAUUUCCUAUAUCCUGAGUGGACAAAACAUUAAGAAUACCUGUUGUAUCCAUGACUGACCAGGUGAAUCCAGGUGAAAGAUAUGAUCCCUUAUUGAUGUCACUAGUUCAAUCCACUUCAAUCAGUGU